AUGGGCCCCGGCGGGCGCUGGGUGCGGGCGGCACACACGGCCCUCAGCGCGGCCCUGGCGCUCGGGCUCCUCCUGCACCGCACGGAUCUGCAAAAGCAAGAGGAGCGUGGGGAGCUGCUUCAGCCGCUGAUCUUCGUUUUGCUGGUUUUAUGCUCGAUCCUGCUGUACUUCAAGGUGUCCCUCAUGGAUCCGGGUUUUGUUAAGCCUGAAGAGGAAGUAAAGGAAGGUGAAGAUAAAGGACAAGGUGUGGUGAUCCCUCAGAUUCCAGGUGACGUUAAGCUACGGCGCUGUGGUUACUGCCUGGUGAAGCAACCCAUGCGAGCCAAGCACUGCCAGCUGUGCCAGCACUGCGUGCGGCGCUACGACCAUCACUGCCCCUGGCUUGAGAACUGUGUAGGAGAAAGGAAUCACCCCCUCUUCAUUGUGUACUUGAGUGUGCAGCUUGUGGUUCUGCUAUGGGGAGGCCAUGUUGCUUGGUCAGGCCUCUACUUUGAACAAUCCCGGGAGUGGCUGCAGCACAACAUUUUCCUCCUUGUGUCCUUCUUCCUGAUAUUCAUAUUCACCAUUGUGGUCCUGCUGCUGCUUGUUUCCCACCUGUACCUGAUCUCAUGCAACACCACAACCUGGGAGUUCAUGUCACACCAUCGCAUCUCCUACCUGCGGCACUCCGAGCUGGAGAACCCCUUUGACCAAGGCAUAAUCCUCAAUCUCUGGAGAUUCUUCUGUUCACGCCACCUCACUGCAUGGGAGAACAUCUAUUUUCACAAGAACAGUGAGCCUGUCUAGUCCUCGUGUGCCAACACACCUGGCAGACUGCUGGGUAAAGCUUUGCUAAUGCAAGGGCUGCUGUUUUCUUGCACUGAACUUUAAUGCAUCAUGGACUAUGCAACCUGCUCCACAACCUGUUCAUCUGCAAAUUACACUUCAGGGAUAUUCAGUGUUAUUUUUUAUAUAUAAAUAACACUGUUAAAGGCAGGAAUCCAGUUCUGGGAAGGGCAAAGCCAGCAGAGCUGAUCUCCAGACUGAGCAAAGUAUUUCUCUAAAUUUAUUUAUUUUUGUUAAGUGCAUCCACAUCUCUCCAGAAGAAAUGCAAGAUUAGUGUUACUAUUCGUGUUCACUUCUCCAAGGUCUCCCUCCCUUUUGCUGCUAGGGAACAGCAGCAAUUACAGAUAAAACCAGCCAGGAUCAGUGUAAUUCCUGUGGCUUUUUUUCAGCCAAGUUCUGACUGUGAGAACUGCAGUGCCUUUUGGCAGUAGCAUCAGGCAUGUAAGAGAAGUAUUUGAGUAAAUAUUUAAAGAGUCAAAAGCAAAUUUUAUUUUGUUGACAUGCCUCAACUUAAUACUUUCCACAAAAGCUUAAGGCUUUAUACUGUUAAUGUGCAUGAGAAAGAGCUGUAAGACAUCCAAAUUAAUCUUAUGAGACAAUUAAUGUGUAUUUUUUGAUACCCUGAACAGCUUCCUCAUGGCUUUUUAAGUUGAUGAUGCUGCUAACAAUUCACUGUUUUGAAUCAAGUCAGUGAAUU